AUGAACAAGGAAAUUGUGAAAUUACAAAAUUAUUUUAACAAUCUUAAUUUGCGAAAUAACAUUAACAUAAAAAGUACGAUAAAAAAGAUCGAAAAUAUAAAAUGUAAAGAUUGGAAACAGAUUUUAAAACAAGACAGUGAAGAAAUCAAUAAUGAAUUUGUGUCUUAUUUAGCGAACAAUGAAAAUUCACAAUGUUCGGCAAUGGAUAAUAAUUUUAAGCUUCAAAUUAAACCUUUUAAACAGUCAAACGCAUACAACGAUAAAAAAAUAUAUAAUAGAAAUGAACUUGAUACUGUUGUGCGCAGUGAUGAAGAUUUAGAUUUUACUAAUGCCGUUGAUAAGCAAAAUUGCGAGAAUUGCGAACAAAUAACAACUGCUACAAAUAAUUAUUUUAAUAAUGAUUUAGAUAUUAAUUACAAUAUUAAAGAAAACAAGAAUGGUGUUGAUGAUAAGAAAUCAAAUUCUGUUAACGAAAUAAAUGAAUUUCGUACUGAUUUAGAAUCACUUUUAAUACUGAUGGCAAUUAAUUCUAAGGCUGACAAUAAUGAGGAUCAUCACAAAUUUGAAGCGGAUAAUCAUUAUGAUAAUGAAACAAUUAUUAAAAACGAAUGCAAUGAAGACUAUGUGCAUGAAAGAGUAAUUUCGAAAAAAGAAAAUAACGAUAUGUCGGAUCUAUUAUGUAUUAUACCAAUAAGAACGAAUACUCAAAAGAGAUUUAAUUAUAUAUGUAAAAAAUAUGUUAAGAAAUGGAAGGAUCAUGUAGAGAAUAAGAAACAAAUUAGACAAAGGGAAGCUGCCAUUACUAACUUUUUUGAUAAACUUGCAAAGAAGAAGAGUAAUAUUAUUCAAUCACCGGAGUCUAUUAAUAAGACAAAGUUAUAUGUUCGGGAUUACAAUACAUAUCAACACAGAUAUAAAGUGCAACAAAACAUUAUCGCCCUUCAAAAAAUGAAAUUAGAGGAACAAACUAAAAUUAUAGAGCAACUUAAGUAUAACAAAAUAAUAGAAUCAUCAAAACAGUCGCUUGACGCGAUGCGAGAAGAAGUCUGUAAAACUUACUAUCAAAUGGAUCGACAGCUUAAACCGAAAAUCAAGUGUUUGACUAAUGAACUUAAGAUACGAGAAAUUGAAGAACCCUCACUGGUACUACAAUGUUUAAAAGUACCACAGUUUAUACAAAGAAUGGAGAAACGAGCAAGGGAGCGCGAGGAAAAACAUGCAAUGAUUCGAGAAAGACGCCGGCAAAUGGAAGAAGAGCGAAUCAGGCUUAAGCAACAGUCUGAAUUAGCCAAAGCAGAUAUGGAUAAAGAAGAAAAGCAAAAAAGAAUGAAAGAAUUAAGAGAGAAACGGAAGAGAGAAAAAAUAGAAAACAUUCGAAAAAAACAACAUGCUGAAAGAAUGAGAGCGCUUGCGGUUCUAGCAGAUUUACAUUAUGAAAAGAAAAUAAUGGCGAAAUACGGAAUAAAUCCAUUACGACGGUUGUUGAAUAUUAAGCGAGACAAUAUGGAAAAAGCAAGGUCACAUUACUUGUUUCAAUUGAAGAAGAAUGUAUUUUUGCAUUGGAUGUGGCAUACGGAAGAUAUGUGGUUUGAAAGAAACUACAAAGCAGAAGAAUUUUCUAGAAAGAAAAUAUUGAGCAGAACUUUCGACUGUUUAAAAAAGAACCAUCACGAAUUUAAAUUAAAAGUUCAGGUGGCUGAAGAUUAUUACGAUUUAUACAUAACACAAUUAGUAUUUCGAAAAUUUCGAGAGGGCAUUGAACUGGUGAAGAAAGAAUUUAAAAUUAAGAUGUAUAACGCUGUAUUGUAUCACAACAGUAAUCUACUGUUCAAAACGUUCACGUGCUGGAGGACGUUACCUGCCUUAAAUGCAUUAAAAAGAGAACAAGAGGUCAGAAAAUUAAGAUGGCGAGAGAAAGUAUUGCAAGUUGUGCCAGAUUAUAAACCUCCAGAUGAAUGA